UUGAGGAGUUCAUCAUUCGUUUGGCAUUACUCACAGUGAGCUCAACUAAUUGGAUACAAUGAAAUUUGCAAUUUGGAUACUUUUUAUUGCAUUGUUGAUUGCAUUUGCAUCAGCUGGAAUAAUUCCAGAAGAGGAGUAUUUACCACCAGUCGAGGAGGAGGAACAAGUUGCAGCCGAACAACCUCUUGAAGAAUCAGCUGCAUUUGCUAAGGAUGGCUACAGGUACAAGACUGUUCGGAGGCUUCGUCAUCGUCGUGAUGUUUCGGAAUUGUUUCCUCAAGGCACACUAGCCGAAGAUGGAUACCAUUACCACUCCCCAAAGCCAUCCGAACCUUUGGCAAAGGUUGCCCAGGAAUAUCUUCCUCCAGCGGCUGAAGAAUCAACUGAAAACAAGGAAAUCAGCGAAGCACCCCAAGUAUCGAAUGAAUAUCUCCCACCUGUAGCUGAGGACGAGUCUGAAAAAAUUGAAUCUCUUGGUGAAGCAGCUGAAAUUUCAAAGGAAUACUUGCCACCGUCAACUGAAGCAGCAGCUACUUUGGAUGUGCCAAAAUUCUCGGCUGACGAAGAGUUGCCUUCACCAUCAGAUGAUGAUGCUGUCAUCAUUGAAGGUCCCGAAGAAAGUUCUGUCCUUGCUGACGAUGGAUACCACUAUCGCAGAAUUAGGUAUAGACGUGAUGUUUCUGCCCCUUCAUCCUCAGUUGGAUACUCAUACGAAGCACCAGUUGAUGCUGAAGAAAUUAAGAAUGCCUACAUUCCUCCUGCAGAAGUUAAAGAUGGCUCAAAUGUUGAAGAAACUAUCAAGGAAUAUCUCCCACCUGUUGCAGAGGUCAAAGAAGCAUCAGAAACAGCUGCACUUGCUGAUGAUGGCUACCGGUAUAAAACUAUUCGCAGACUAAAGUAUCGUCAACGCCGUGAUGUUUCCGAGAUUGCUGCCACCACUCCUGAAAAUGUAGAAGAAUCAAGCUCUGCAGUGAGUGUUGAAUACCUGCCACCUGUUGCUGAAGUUAAAGAAGUCUCUGAUGAACCUUCAGAAACUGCAGAACUCGCUGAAGAUGGGUAUCGUUAUAAGACAAUUCGAAAACUCAAAUAUCGUCAACGUCGUGAUGUCUCUGAAAUUGUUGCCCCUGAAUCAGCGAUCCUGGAUAAAGAUGGAUACCAUUAUCGAGUUCCUGAACCAACUGAAGUAAUUCCCAAGGUUUCCAAUGAAUAUUUGCCACCACCUGCAAAACUACGGGAACUUCCUGAGGAACCAAAAGAAUUGGAAACAACUGAAGCUCCUAUUGUCACAGAAUCUACCUCGGCUGUUUCGGAAAUCUCUACUGAAGCAGCUUCAAUUGAAACAACAGAAGCCCCAUCGUCUUCACCAGUGCCAGCAGCUAUAUCAAAUGAAUAUUUGCCUCCAUUUGAAGAAGUGCCCCUAGUCAAAGCAGCAAGUGGAGAUUCUUCAACAACUGCUGCCCCAACCCCAAACCCAGUAUCAAUUUCAAAUCAAUAUUUGCCUCCCGCUGAAGAAUUAGCUGAAGUAAAGGAAGCCUCAGAAAUUAACGAAGAAACUGCAGUCUUAGCUGAUGAUGGAUACCAUUAUAAGGUUGGAAAACGUUUUAGGUUCAGACGUGAUGUUUCUGAAAUUAUUACCCCUCAAAAUGGAUAUGGAUAUAAGGCCCCUGCUGCAGAAACAGCCAGUAUUUAUCUACCUCCUGUUGAAGCAACAAAAGCUGCUGAAUCAAAUGAAAGUCCUCAAGUUUCCAGUGAAUAUCUUCCCCCACUUGAAGACGCCAUAAAUGAUGCCGAAAUUAUCGAAUCUCCCGAAGAAAGUGCUGUUCUUGCCGAUGAUGGCUAUCACUAUAAAACUGUACGUCGUUUGAAAUACCGUACUCGUCGUGAUGUCUCUGAAAUUGCUAAUCCAAAUGGAUACGCAUAUCCAGCUCCCGCAGCCGCUCAAGAAGAAUCAGCAGUUUUAGCUGACGAUGGAUAUCGCUAUAAGACCGUUCGACGUCUAAGAUACCGCCAUCGUCGUGAUGUUUCUGAAUUAGUUGCUCCAGCUGAAGAAUCUGCUCUUCUCUCUAAAGAUGGAUACCACUACAAAACACCUUCAAAUGACUAUCUUCCUCCAUCAGUUGAAGAUGUUGCAGAAGUUAAGGAAGCUUUAUCCAUUGAACCACCUAUUGCCCCAGAUGUAUCCAACGAAUAUUUGCCACCUUCAGAAGCUGCCCCCAAAGAAGCCUCAUCCUUAGUAGUGUCAAACGAAUAUCUCCCACCAACUGAAGUUGCCACAGGAAAUCCAGAAAUACUACCCCAAGAAUCAGCAAUUCUUGCUGAUGAUGGAUAUCAUUACAAAACUGUUCGACGGAUCAGAUAUCGUCAUCGUCGUGAUGUUUCCGAAAUAGCCAACCAACAAGCUGAUGGUUACAACUAUAAUGCUCCCGUUGAAGUUGAGCCUCAAGAAAUUCAAUACUUACCACCACCAGUUGAAGAAACUGCUCAAGUCAAGGAAGCUGCUGAAACUGCUGCUGAAAGUUCCACUCUAGCUGAUGAUGGCUACCGUUACAAGACUGUCAAACGCAUCCGUUACAGGCAUAGAGUUUGAAGAGUCUUUAGUAAUGGG